UUAGCAUUAACUAUCAACUUAGAACAAACACUUCUUCGGUUCUUCCUCUUGAUUUCAUCUAAAAACAUAACACAAAAACUCUAUAAAUAUAUCGAUUUAUCUACUUUUGAGAGAAUAACUAAUUGAAAUUCUACCAAAAUCUAAAGAUGACAAUCAUAUCAUUUUGUCAAACAACUCAAGAACUCCAUAGAUGAUAUGGGUUUUCUUUGUGUCCUUUGAUUUUCCCCUUUCUGAAUGAGGUAUGUAGAUACCAAAUCCCAAUUUCACUGCAUAUCUUUUACUAUCUUCUGUUAAACCCUUGAUGGGAUUUUAGUUCCUUGCUUAGAAAUACACCAAUUGAUCAUACAUACAUCAAAAAGUUUGGAAUUUUCUAUCAAUUGAGGAUACUUUAAUUUUCUUGUUCUUAGGUUAAAUGCUAUACAUUUUAAAUUUUUUUUUGUUAUAAAAGCAUUAAUCUUUUUACCAUCUUAUGGGUCUUUUGCAAAGAAUUAAUCUUUAUUGAUGUUGUUCUUGAUUCCCUCUAUCUAAUGCUCUAAUAAAACUGAUGGAUAUUUUUUGAUUGAUUUCAAUUGUAUUUCUCAAGGUUUGAAGGUGUUGGUUAUUGUUCCUACUUGAUUCAAUUAUUCCGUUUACUUUCUUGUCAAUUGUUCCUCCUCUUUCGCAUAGUAAAGCAAUAACUAUAAUGAGGGUAGGGAUUUUAUUGCACUUUAGGAUACCUAAAUGGCUCUAAAUAACACUUACAAUUGGGGGAAAGUGUUUUUUUUUUUUUUUUUUUUUUUUUUUAAUUAUAUAUCGUUGUUGUAAUAUAAGUCACUGAUAAGAUUGAUGUUUAGGAGGUUGAGCAAAUGCUAGUAUUUUUUCAUAGGUCUUAUUUAUAAUUGAAUUGCUCUCGAACAGAAACGAAAGGACGGAAUAGAGUAACUUAUUGAGUGGUUUGAUAUUAACGUGGUAUACGAGUUUGUUUACUCUAAAGCAUUCCAUAUCUUCGUUUGUUUCUCUUGUGCUCGCAAAUAUGCAAAGACCGCCCAUUAAAAGCGUGUCGAUGAAAGUUAUUUUCGAUGUUUCAUUUGUGAGCGGAUUCUGUAUCGUGGUUGAAAUGGUGGGUUUCAAAUAUAUUACACCCGACUCGUAGAUUGGCUAUGAAACACAAAAGCAAUAUUUGGAUUCAGAAGGAGCAAUGCCCCUGUGGAGAUUGGAAGUGUUUUAUAAAAUACGAAGGGGAAGAACAAGGUCAAGCUUGUCAGCCCUCACAAAACGGGUCAUCAUCGUCCUCAUCAUCUGCAGUCGUCUUUGCACCAUAUGUGGGUCAGAUUUUUGUAAGUGAUUUUGAAGCUUUCGAUUAUUACAGUAGUUUUGCUCGUAAGAAUGGUUUUUCGAUUAGGAAAGCACGAUCUACUGAAAGCCAUAAUCUUGGGGUUUACCGAAGGGAUUUUGUUUGUUAUCGUUCGGGAUUCAAUCAACCGAGAAAAAAGGCUAAUGUAGAGCAUCCGAGAGAAAGAAAAUCCGUUCGUUGUGGUUGUGAUGCGAAAUUAUACUUGACAAAGGAAAUUAUAAAUGGGGUUACUCAGUGGUAUGUUUCCCAGUUUAGUAAUGUACAUAACCAUGAAUUGCUAGAAGAUGAUCAAGUGCGUUUGCUCCCUGCGUAUCGAAAAAUUCAAGAAGGUGAUCAAGAACGGAUUCUCUUACUCUCUAAAGCGGGGUUUCCUGUCAAUAGAAUAAUCAAUAUUUUGGAACUCGAAAAGGGUGUUCAGCCGGGGCAAUUGCCGUUUAUAGAGAAAGAUAUUAGAAACUUUGUUCGUACGUGCAAGAAAAAUGUGCAAGAAAAUGAUGUUCUUCUCACCGAGAAAAGGGAAACCGAUAUGGUGGAGCUGCUUGAGACGUGCAAAGCCAAGGCGGAAAGAGAUGGAGAUUUUGUUUUCGAUUUCUUGACAGAUUCAGAUGGAAAAGUCGAAAACAUAGCAUGGUCGUAUGGUGACUCGGUUCGUGCCAUUAACCUUUUCGGUAAUGUUGUUCAAUUCGACAUUACCUAUCAAUCCGUUACUUAUGGAAUGCUUCUUGGUUUAUUGACGGGUAUAGAUAAUCAUGGCAAGCCGAUUUUUAUUGCUUGUGCUCUCCUCCAAGAAGAAAAUUCUCAUUCGUUCGUGUGGGCCUUACAGACUUUUGUCCGGUUCAUGCAAGGAAGACACCCGCAGACCAUAGUGACCGAUCUAGAUCCUGGCCUCCGAGACAUCAUAGCAAGCGAAUUGCCGAAUACUAAACAUGUAAUAUCUUUAUGGUACAUUAUGUCUAAAUUGAACAGCUGGUUCUCUCUAGCUCUCGGACCGAAUAUGUCGGAUUUCAAGUCUCAUUUUGUAAUGGUGUGCUAUGUGGAGAGUAUAGAAGAUUUUGAACAUCAUUGGAGUCAUUUGGUCUCUAGGUUUGGACUUGGGUCAGAUAAACACAUAUCUCUUCUAUCAUCAUGUCGAGCGUGUUGGGCUUUUUCAUAUACGAGAGACUGUUUAGUUUCGCGAAUCACAACAGCUGAAUACAUGAGAUGCUUGAAUAGUUUCUUGAAGGACAUAUUAAAUGAGCAAACAUGCUUACAAGUCUUCUUUGAGCAGGUAGGUCGUUCUGCAAAUUUGGGAUAUGGAGCGAACGACAAAAUACGUUAUAUUCAUCCCAAAACAUGCAUGCCUAUUGAGGAACUCGCACAAAGCAUUCUUACACCGUAUGCCUUCAAUGUGUUCCAGCACGAACUUGUGUUAACGAUGCAAUACGCAGUCGUAGAAAUGGAAAAAGGAUCUUACGUUGUGCGUCACUAUAAGAAAAUUGAAGGAGAGCGUGUUCUGUUAUGGAUUCCGGAAGAUGAGCAAAUCCAUUGCUCAUGUAAAGGAUUUGAACAUUCCGGAAUAUUGUGCAGGCAUGCUCUUCGGCUUUUUGUUGCUAAGAAUUAUUUUCGACUUCCCGAAAAAUAUUUUCCAUUUCGAUGGAGAAUGGAGAAUUCAUUGAUGCCUACGGAUCAGGAACAUGCUCGACCAAUCAAACAAGUGCACUACUAUGCUUUACGUUCUGUUACUGAUACUUUAACGACAGAGUCGUUAGUCUCUAAAGAGCGGUUUAACUAUGUUCAUAAGGAACUGACGACACUUCUUGAUCGUGUCAAAGAUAUGCCCGUUGAUGAAGGUGCUACAGACAUGUUAAACUAACAAUUUCGAUGAAUCUUAGAUUUGAGUUAUGGCUAAUUAUAUCGGAUUAACUAUCAACGAAAGCGGUUGUAGAUAAUGUGACAUGGUUUAUACGAUAAUCGAUGAUUACUAGAGUCUAGAAAUUCUCUUUUUGCAGAAGAUCGACCAAGGUUAUGAGGAAAAGGCGUAGUUUUUGAUGCUUCACCUCAAUGUACGCGGACAAAAGGAAGCCUCCCAACUCGAAGAAGAAGUUUUGGUUGUCGAAUUCGGAUUGAGAAGGUAAUUUUGCUAACUUUCGGUACUGUAACAUUUGUGUAUUUAUUGCCCAACUUAUUAAACAUCAUUAUUCAUUAGCCUUCUAUUAGCAUUGGGUUAAUGGAAUGUUGUUAUAGCAGUCUUCUAUUGGUUGGUGUUGAUUUGGAUUGUUCAUUAUUGUCAUCAUUAUAUUUAGUGUAUUUUACUCUAAUGUUUAAGAUUUGGGGAUAAAAGAUAUCAUACUUUUUCCCCUUAAGUUUUUGUAAUUGGUAUUAGUUUUUGUAGGUUCAUUAUGAUCAUCAUCCUCAUGACCUUAAGGUUACGGGUUCAAAUUGCACCAAGUGAAGAGCAUUUGGAGGAAGCUUUCGCUAUCGAUUUCUUUCUCUCACGUGUUUGAGCUUUGUAUUGGGCUCGGAGCAAGGGUAGACCAAAAUUAUUCUUUGUACUAUAAAA